AUGGAGCCACGACCUAAUACCUCACUCUACGCAAAGAUUUUCCGAGAACCACCGAUCCAGGUGAUUGUAGGGAGUGCUAAGAGCUCCUAUUUUGUCCAUCCUGACGCCUUGUCAUGGUGCAAAAACUCGGCACUAAGUGCGCAAAUCGAAGGGCCAUGGAGGCAGCACGGAGAUGAAAGUCCAAUUGACUGGUCCGACUUCGAUGAGCAGACAGUCGAAUGCGUCUUAAGCUACCUUUAUACGCAAGAUUACUACGUUCCGCAGUUGGAAGUUCCUCCUGAUGAUAGUUGCAAAGACGACGAUGACGGCAAAGCUCCUAGUGGAAUCGAGCCGUCUACGCCCGAGUCUGUACCCGAUGAUCAUGAAACACUUAACAGACCACUAACACCCUUGAGCCGGUGCCUCAAGGCUGGCCUACCGGCAGAUAAUAACCAUACUGCUGCAGGCGCUUGCACUUACCGAGCAUCUCCGAAUCCUGACGAUCGCCUUGGCGCUGAAAUACUGAUCCAUGCGAAAGUAUAUUGCUUCGCACAUCGUUAUUGUAUCCGUGAACUUGAAGACUUCGCACUCCAACGUCUCACGAAGGUUCUUAUUAUCAUCGAUGCAGAAACAGAGGCAGUGUUUCCGUAUCUCGCAGAUGCUAUCCGUGUUGUCUACGAUUCGACACCAGGAGCGAAUUUACAAGAUAAUCCUGCUCGGAAGUUGUUAUCCCAGUAUGUUGCAUUGAAUUACACUAAGUUGGAAAGUGAGAGCUUCGAUCAAAUUAUGGCAGAGGGUGGUGAAUUCAUGGUGGACUUAUCGCACAAGUUGGCCAGGCGGCUCAACAUGAGUGGGAUAGGUGCCGAGACUCUGGUGGAACAAAUUGAUGAUCUUCAAUUACAGAUAAAUCAGUUGAGUCUAGAUCUUCAUGAACAGGUAACCCAGCUCAAUAGUGCGAGGAAAGAAUUGAUGGAGUGGGAUAGCUGGAAUCGAGGGAUAUCCGGAAAGUAUAAAAAGGCAAAAAGGAAGGUGUAA